GAUUCUGGCCAUUUGCGCGGCUCUUUCCCGCCUCGCCGCCAGCCAUGAGCGGCGCCCCCUGCGCGAAAGGGGACCCCAAGCGGCGCCUGCGCGAGUGAGCGCCGGAGGAUUCGCCUCGGGGUCUUCGCGGGGGCUCUUCUUCUUCUUCUUCUCUGCCCGUCCGCUGUGACGGGCGCGCGCCUCUCGGCGAGCGCGUGUAUGUCUGUCGUGUGGCAGUUUCUGGAGGCAGAAGAAGACGGCGACGAAGCCGCCGCCGCCGCCGCCUCGCCGUGCUAUGUCCCUGGACUCAGUCCUGCCCCCUAAAGUGGAGAUGAGCCAGACCCGAGGAAAGGAGAGCAUCUCUUAAGACUCCCGAGCCAGGAUGGCGCACCUGCGGCAGCCCCUGCCUCUCCUGGUGGUGAUGCACAGCUUCCUCCCGCUUGUAAGUCUCCCGCUUUGCCUGGGCGCAAACGGAGCGCGCUCUUAGGCUUUGCCUCCCUAUUUCUCUGCAAGCUUUAGAAACGCUGGAGAAGUUCGUAACGAACCGGGGUGGCUUUAGCAUGAGGUCUUUCCUUGCCUUGCUCUUUUUCGGGUUUGCUCCCCUUCUCCAUCUCUUCUCCCACCCUUGCUCUCUUUUUUGGGGGGGGGGAGUGGACCAUCCAUCUCAGCGAUGCCAGGGAAUGAAUGGGGCGCGCACCUGCCUCUGCCGCCAACAUUUCGCGCGGCUCGAUGGCGAGAUCUCACACCAGGCGCGGCUAGCUAGUGAGUCUUUGGUUUGCGAAGGACGAGGGUGAGCGUUUCAAUUCGAUCGCUUGGGCUCGGAUGCUUGGUGGAAACUUUUCCCUUUUCUAAGCAGCCAAACAAACCUAACGAGCUCCUGGGCGCACCUUGCGUCUCUUCCGACUGCUGUCGUUUCGACGGGGAACACUGUUCGCUUUCGGAGGGGAAAGAAUUCGAUUGAGUUAGAACAGCCCAGUAAAGACCAAGGCGGGAUUGCUUAACAAUAUCGUCUUGUUUUUUCCAGUUUUCAGCUAGGAUUCCCGAAAGGCCUGUGUCCAACAUGUUGAAUAUUGUCGGCUUUGGACUAAGGUUUUCGGAUCUUCCAUUUAUGUGCUCUUAGUGUAACCAAAGUAAGGCUGCAACUCUAAACACAGCUAUGCAGGAGUAGGUCCCCUGAAUUCAGAGGGACUUUCCUCUGAGUAGAUAUGGCUAGGGUUGCACUGCAAUAAGCCCUUUGGAAAUCUUGGAUAAUAAAGAACUGGCUUUUUACAAUCAUCUCCAUAUCUGGUGCCUCUAGAGAAACUUAGUUACAUUGUUGCUUCUUACAGUUUUCUAAUUUACAAGAAAUCAUGUGUCUGUUGAGCAGAUUUGUUUUUUGGUGGCUCAUAUAUUUGCAGGCUUUGUUUCCUCAAUAGUACGAAUCUGAAGCAAUGUUAUUAAACAGGAUGUUGUGUGGUGCAACUGUGAAGCAACUUUUUACUUAAAAGUCUUACAUACAUUGAUACAUCACCAUCACCUUGUGUAGCCUUGUGGUAUGUUGAAGACUAACAGAUGUGUUAUGGCACAAGCUUUCAUGGACUAGAGUUCACUUUGGUUGAUCCUAAGCAAUUUGCAAAUAAGUUUAUUUUAAUUUAUUAAUAUUUUAUUUUGUUUUAUCUGAGAAUAUUUACCUGUAAAUAAGAAUCUUGUACUGUUGACAGCCACUCAAACAAUAAACUACUUAUGCAAUUAUCUGGUGCUCAUGCAGCUGGACCCUGUGCAUGUUUACUACUCUGGAGCAAAUGUUUUCAGUGGUACUUGAUUUUCAUGUAACUGCAUAGGGUUGCAGCUUAAAUUAAAUUUCUUUGCUUUUCGUAGUUUCAAAAUUAGUUUUACAUCUCCUAUAGAUGAUGUAAAAGUACAGUACUGCUGUCUAUUCUCUUGUGGUAUCUUGUGGCUUUGGGGUGGACUACAGCUCAGUUGUAGAUACCUUUACUGUACUUAGCAGUAAACCCUGCAGAACAUAAUGGGAGUAAACUGAAGAUUGCAGUCAGAAGCAAAUGGCAAAAGCUGGUUUGCUGAAGUUGUGGAGAACUCCAAGCGAGACACUGUUACUAAUCAGAGUGUAGAGAAUACAGUUGUAAAUAGUUGUAACAAACUUACUUGAAUAACUAACUUGGGGCAUUAAAUAUAUGGAGUAAGGCAGCAAAAGGAGCUAAAUCAAACAAAAAUAGCAUUGCAAUUGUAUUUCAUCAUACUCCAUUUCAGGAAGAUGUUAAUUGUUUGCACACAACAGGAUACAAAGUUUUGUUUUUCUCCUCAUGGCUGCAUUCUGGCUGAAAGUUUGUGUGUGUGUGUGACUACAGUCAAUAAGGGGAUGUGUAAUAAACCUUGAAGGGAUUAGACAGCCUCCUUAAGAGCUGGAUUCUAAUAUUACAGCAUGAGUUGAUUGAUUAGUUUUUGAGGAAGCUUAUGUCAAAUUCUAAUCCGGUUUUGGAUUGUGCUUGUCUUGUAAUGUUGUGGGGCUGUUUUCCUUUUUCCUUUUUUUUGCUGUGGCACUUUAUCAUAGCAGUGAAGUGCGGAGCUGCAGCUCUGCGAUAAGACACUCAUAUUUGCUUUCACACUGCUUUGCUUUUUUGAACAAUAAAAGGCUGUUUAUAUUCUUAGAGCAGAGUUUCCAGCUAAACACCACACAGGGGUUAGGGAUGUGAAUGGAAAGCAGUUAAUGGAUUACAAAGUUGCUGGUCAGGAAAGAGGCAAAUUGAAAUACCCCGACCCAUUUUUAUUUUUGUUGUUUUAAAUCAACCAGAUAAUCAAAGGAACCGAUUAAAACUUCUGACGGACAUUGGUUUUAUUCCACAUUUUAUUGGAUGAUGUCAACUUCUUUGCUGUGGCUUUACAACAAUUACUUUGUGUUGAUUACUUUAAAGGAUCAAAAGCUGUUUUCUUGUAAGGGGAGGGAAAUGCACACAAGGGAGUACCUGUUUGCAGCUGAUAGCCUAACAAUUCCAUGGGGAGUAGCUCAUUUUCUGUGCUGUUAGAGAAAUCUCCAUCAGUGGUGUAAUGAAACACUUUUAUCAUAUAAUUCUUAAGAGGGAAGUAGUCCUAAAGUUAAAAAAAUAAUCCAAGUAACCCUGCAACCCUAUAAUUUUAUUUAUUUAGAUUUCUAUCAUGCUCCCCCUUCCCAUAGAACCCUUGGGAUGGGAGUAAGCCCUAUGGGACUCAGUAACAUAUGCUAAUUACAAAUACAAAGCUGUGCUUAACAUUUUGUUGCAUAUCACACAGUAUUACCAUGUUGUCUACUGUUUAGUUGUGCACAUGUACUUUUAAAUGACCAGUACCUUCCAGGUAUACAAUUUGUAGAGUCAGAGCCAGAUGACAUGGACAAUCAAAGAUAGACAUGGACAAUAUCCGUAAACAGUAACAAGCAUUUUUGCCAAUGAGAGAAAGAAACAUUUUAAAAAAAUAAAAUAACCAGAACUUCUUUUUUUAUGUGGUGAAAUUUACUGCAGAGUACAAAACUUUAAAAACACAAACAUUGGGGGCAGUAUCUUAUGGCAACUAUAAUGAAUUGGCAAGUCUCUCUGCACAGAGAAAUUCAAAAGGCCUAUUUAAUUUUGCUGUACUCAUUUUGAUUCCUUGUAUAGAUGCUAUUUUAAGUUGAAGUUUUACAAAAUCAUCCUCUUGCUAAUGAUUCAAUGAGUUUUCCUUCACUACAAAUAAAUUAGUCUCUCUGUUGUUGAAAAACAUUUACUACAACUUAUAGGAUGUCCUUGGUAUACCACCUUGUAGGUUGUACUUAUUUCCCCGCCCCCAAGCUGCAGCCCCCGCAAACACUUACUUAAAAGUAAGUCCCACUGUAUUUAACUGGGCUCACUCUCAGGUAAGUGUAUAUACGACUGCAACCUUAGUGUAGGCAAAACUUAUUAACUAAAUGUUUAAUUGUAGACAUAUCUACACAAAGGUAAGCUACACUGUGUUCAAUGGGGCUUCCUUCCAUUGUUUAUUUAUUUAUUUUGUUUAUUUAUACACACAUUUAUAAGACUGUGUUUUUAGUAAAUACAGGUUGUGUAGACAGUAAAAAGUGCUGUUGGUGGUAAAAAAAAAUUGCACACCAUCCGUUUCCCCUGCAAACUAGAUAGUAGCUAAUCAAAGAUAAUUAAACUCACCAUAAUUCACCAUUCGUUUAGCGUUAUGGUAGUCAAUAUAUGUAAAACAAUAUUGCUGUUUCCAGUCAAUAAUAAUCUGGGUAGUUAUUGGCUAAAUAGUAAAAAGGAAAAAAAAUGCUUUGUCCAGUACGUAUUAAGGUCACAGCAUACCAUUUCUUUAAAUCUAAUGUUAAUGGCCAUUCAGCUGUUUUGUUGCUACAAAUUAUUCAGUGUCAUGUUAAUAAUUAGGUUAGAGGAGCCAUGCAAUCUUAGGCACUAGCAGUAGAAAAGUGCCUUGUAUUUUUUACAGCCCAUUCCCUAAGGCACUGGUGUUAACACUGAAUCAAGCCUAUUUAACAGAUUCCAGCAAACAAAUUCUGGUAUAUUAUUUUUGUGAUAUCUAUUACAAUUUUCAUUGGUGGUGCUUGCAAAUGAAAAAUAAAACUAAGCCAAAGAUGCCAAAUAUAUAUUUCAAAACAGUCUUUUAAGAAGCAGCUCUCAAAUGAACAAAAUUUAAGGUUAAAAAAAAACCAACUGAAAUUUAAAUAAAAAAUUGUAUGGUGUUGCUGUCAAAACCUAGCUGCAGUGCUUUGCUGUUUUAUACUCCACAUUUUAAAUCCAUACAAUAAAUGAAUCACAGCGCUGGCUUAUAAUAAAAGGGAAGUCCUCAGACUAUGAACUGGUUCUGCAAAUGGUGCAUUAAGCUUUGCAUUGCCUAUGGAUACAGAAAAGGGUUUCAAAAGCACUCGAUGAUGUUUAUAGCUAACAGAAGUGCUGAUGUAUCUUUAAUGCUUAUUUGUAACUUGAUCAAAUGUGCUGCUAUUUUGUUAAAAAGUCUUUUCCAUAGUAUGAGGGAAGGGUUUUUCCUUAAAUUCAGAUGGUGAGAUAAAACAAAAACAAAAAACCUCUUGCAAUAUUGUCUGGCAAUAAAGUUUUCUUUUUUAACUUGUUAAGUAUUCAGUUUGUUUCCCUCUAUUAUUUAUAUUUAAUUUGAUAUCUUUUGGUUAAAACUUAUCUGUGUUUUCGCUUUUGGGUGGGUGUGGGUGUGUAUUACAGAGUUAGCUGCCUUGAUGUUUUCUUUUUUAAAAUAGAAUUAUUUUUCAGUAUAGAUUAAGAAUAAACUUCUUGAUGAUUGUGAGGUGCUUCUCAUACAAGCAUGGACUAUACAGUAAAACAAGUAUUAUUAUUUUUUUAAAGUAAAUUAAGUGUCUUGCAUAAAAGAGUUUUUUCCUAUUUCCAACCAAAGUUGUGGGGUUUUUUUAAAGUGUGAGAUUCAUACUGCUCCCCUCCAUCCUGGGAUAGCCUACUUUAAAUAUGUGCAAAAUUAUGUCACAAUGCUAGGCAUCUUUGUGAUGUACCAUUUUUGGUAAAAUGUUGAAGGUAUGGGAUGUGACUGUGUUUAAAGUGAAAAUUGACCAGAUUUCUACAUAAAACCCAGAUUGUGGUUAUCUACCUCCAGCUCCUCCCUUCUGAGCCCACGCCCAUAUCCCUGUUACCACACACUGCUCCUCUCCUCACGAUUCACCUUUCAAUAUCAUUCUACCCUGGUCUCCCAGAUAACAAGAAGGAAACCAGGAGGGCAGAAGCCAUCAGCAUUGCACAGUGCUUUUCCCGCAGUGCUAGCAAACGUGGUUCUCCAUCUUGUAUGCAAACAUUGAAACAUUGAAACAGGCUGCAUUCUAGAUACUCCACACGGAGCUUUUUUCUGUCAUUCUUCCUUCAGGUUCUGGAAUCUGAAGGAAGGAAAGAGAAUACAUUGUUCAAAACACAGUCGCAUGUUAAAACAGGGUUGCUUUCUGGAGGCAUCACCUAGGGCUGCCUUUGUGUCUUCCCUAAGCAAGGAGACAGGAGCUCUAGAAAGACAGAGAUCCCCCUUAAAAAAAAACCCAACUAGAGUUGGACAUUGGACUAGGCAAGGCUUAUCAAAUAAUGUUCCAUUAUUUAAAGCAUGAAUUGAUUAGUACCCGAACAAAAAGAGGGAGAUAUUACAAAAAUAAAUGAAUGGCAAUAAGUGAGGGCAGUGACAUUAAAUUCAGGUCAGCUGUAUUAUUUAUUACUAAUAAUGAACUAUGUGGAAGGUGGCAAUCAAGGAGCCCUUUCUCCCAUGGGAUCAACACCUUGAGGCAAUAAAAAAAAAUUAGCUGCAUUUUUGCCUUGCCCUUUAUGACAUGAUGUCAUUCUUUGUGGAAGUUUGGGCCAUAUUUUAGCACAGGCACAUAAUAGGCAGCCAAUUGACCGAUGUCACAACCCUGCACAAUGGACUAUUUUUAUUGCCAUUGCCACUUAUGAACAAGUGAAUCACUGCGAGUCUGGUUUAAAAAUGUGGAAGUAGAUACAGCAAAAACAUUCCUAUGAUUUCCAAGAUGAAGUAGUGAGUUAAAGUGAUGCUAGAAGCCUACAGUAUGAGGAGAGUCAUACACUUUAAAUGUAUGGUGUGUACAUAAGGACAUAAUAAGAGCCGGCUGAAUCAGGCUACUGGCCCAUCCAGGCCAACAUCCUGUUCUCUCAGUGGCUGACCAGAUGCCAGUGAGAAAACUACAAGCAGAAUUUGAGCACAAAAGCAUUCUCCCCUCCUGUGGUUACAAGCAACCGGUAUUCAAGCAACCCUGGGCUGUUUAACAUCUACAUGAAACCGUUCAGUGGGGUUCUCUGGAAUUUUGGAGUCCAUUGUCAGCAAUAUGCUGAUGACACACAGCUCUUCUUCUCCUUUACACCUGCAGGUAUGGCAGUGGAUGUGCUGGGCCAUUGUCUUGCCUUGGUAGUGGACUAGAUGAGAGCCAACAAACUGAAGCUCAGUCUGGAUAAGACUGAAGCAUUGUUAGCUCCCUAGACUGAAUGGAUGGGAGAUGGUCUGCUCUUGAUGGAAGGAGCAGGUACAUAGUUUGGUGAUACUGCUGGAUCCUGGCUAUCCUGGCAAUCGUUUGAGGCUCAGUAGCCUCAGUGGUGCAGAGUGCCCAGCUGCACCCCUAUCUGGACAGGGAUAGCGUAACUUCUGUUAUUUAUUCUCGCGUAACUUCUAGGUUAGAUUGCUGCAAUGUAUGCAGUGUUUUAGGACACUUGGCAAGCAUCGCUGAUUCUAUAAAUAAUUUCAGGAUUUGGAGAGAGAUUAAUCCUUUGAAUCUUGUGCAAUAGUUAGUUGUGAGAAGUACAUUUUAGUUCAUAAGUGCUUCAGUUAUUUAUAUCAGCCAUUGCCUACUCUUUAAAGACUUUAGGCAGUUUGCAAUUUGUAUAUAGUUUAUUUAAGCAGAAGUAGAAUUGUUAUUGAACAUUUUCCUCCUACAGAAGUUAUUACUCAUUUUAUUGGCUUAUUUUAUUAUUGAAAGGAGGAAUCUCAGGUUCUAUAUAAAAUGCUUGUUUUAAAACUUUAUAUUUUCCCUUAUGAUAAAUUUAUAGUCAGUUGUACUGAUGUACUUUUACUGUAAUUUUAGCAUAAGACUGGGGUUUUGGGUUUUUUUUUAUAAAAUAUGUGAUUGUAUAACAAGAGGAAUAUGCUAAAUUGUAUGUGUAUCAGGAUUGCUAUGUUAAUUGAGGUGGGAUGGAUUGAGUUGUCUAUAAUUCAGCAAAGGGACUUGAUUUUUAAUUGGAGUUAAUAAAGCUGAUAAACGCUCAUGCAAUUUUUAAACACGUAACCAGUGUCCACAAAUUUGAAUGUAGCUAUAGCGUUCAGUUUCUUUGUUGAAGGAGAUCAUUUGUAAUACAGCAUAAAACUUAACUAGACUUUUGAGGUGUGAUAUAAGCUCUCUCUCUGUAUAUAGACAAAGUAUAGCUAGUGUCACAGGAAAUAAUAAUACUGGUAAAAUAGCUACUGGUAAGGCUCUAGUGGUGACAGGAAUUUUUAUAUCCGGGUAUAACAGUGAUAAAUGUCUAAGCUCGUAUCACUGGAAGACAGUCCAGAACACAAACGAGAAUUGAUAUGCAGCAUUUAUAACUGAAUUAACAUACAGUGGUACCUCUAGCUAUGAACUUAAUUCAUUCCGGAGGUCCGUUCUUAACCUGAAACUGUUCUUAACUAGAGGCGUGCUUUUGCUAAUGGGGCCUUUUGCUGCCACUGCGCCGCCAGCACACGAUUUCUGUUCUCAUCCUGGGGCAAAGUUCUCAACUUGAGGUAACUCUUCUAGGUUAGCGGAGUUUGGUACCUGAAGCGUUUGUAACCUGCGGUGUUUGUAACUCAAGGUACCACUGUAUAUGAAUCUCCCCUCACUCUUAAAAGGCUUAGAAUUUUACAGGUCCAUAGGUGAGUGUAGCUCUAGGGACGCUACACCUAGAUGGUGUUCAGACAAGAGCUACCAGAAAGGCUGAAGUGUUGGCUACCCAAGUCCUGUGCCUGGAGAAGAUUAUAGGGAAGCAUGGGAGCUGCUUUCAUAUACCUGAAAGGCUGUCACAAAGAAGAUAGGGUGGACCUGUUCUCUAUUGCUUCAGAGGACAAGACUAGAACUGAUGUGUAGAGAUGGUAAAGAAACUCAUUUUAGCUAAACAUUAGGAAAAACUUCAUAAAGAAUCUUCUGGUUCAACAGUUUGCUACCCUGGGACUGUAGAACUAAAGCAAAGCAUGUUCUGGCUCCACCCACCAGUCAACAGCUUGAAGCUGUGUGUGCAUACAUGAGCUAUUUUGGGUAUGUGUGUAUGUGUUAUUAUAACCUAUUGUGUUGUUUGCCGCCUUGAGAUUAAUUCAGGUAGGGUAUAAAUCUUUAAAAUAAGUAAGUAAAUAAUAUGGCACCACCCACAUGCAAAAUGUGUCAGCAGGUUUGGGAUGACUCCAAGGUUUGCAUAAGUAUGAAAAUUGUUUAGGGGGACCCCCCCAAAAAAAACAACAACCCCACUCAGUGAAGACUGAGCAUGCUCAGUAGGCAUGACUGACUGUUGGAGGAGGAGGAAAAUAAGGAAGGGGAAGGGGAAUAGAGUAUCCUGGAAAUGGUUAUGACUGGCUAGAACCCUGACCAGGAGCACUCCAUACUGCAACAUUUUAUUUCAGGUUGCACUUAUUUUAUAGAUGGAGUUACAUAUGUCAUGAGGCAGAGCCUCCAAGUUGCCCCUAAGAUUGAGGGGGCCCGGCUUUCAUUGUGUGUGAGAGAGACGUGACACAUGAUGCAACAUCGUGUUGUCUGAAGGAGGCCAAGCAUUCUGGAGGAGCUGGCUACUGAAACUGCACCACGCUCGGCUUCCUCAGCCCCCUCAACGUUUAGGGGGGCAAAAAUGCCUCAGCUCCCUAGAGUUGGUGUGUCAGAAUCUCACUUUUGCCAUCAGAACAGGUUUCUUUAAAACCUAGAUGUUCACUGCUGUGGCUUAUUAGCAUUUUAGCAUACAAUUUUUUUUUUUUUUCAUUUCCUUCAUUGCCCCCAGCCAGACAGCAAACCAUACUACACACAACAUUUGAUGAAGGCAGGUGAAGAGUAGGUAGGCUCUUCUGCAGUAAGAACCACCUAGAUGAAUGUAAAUAUUGUGGAAUUAUAUAAAUACUAGCAUUAUGCAACCUCUAGAUCCUUUUAGAGCUGGGAUAAGCAAUGUGAUACCCCCCACAUUGUUGGACUACAAUUCCCAUCAGCCCAAAUCACCAUGGCCAAUGUUCAGGGAUGAUGGGAGUUGUAGUCGAGAAACUUCUGGAGAGCACUGUGUUGGCCUCCUCUGUUUUGGAGGACUGAAAAGUCCCAAGGCCCAGAAGUGUUAGAGAUUCCAGUUUAUGCUUCUCUGUGAACUUGCUGGAAGAUCUAACUGCAUCUUGCCCAGAGCAUGCUGCAGAAGCUUCACUACAUUUGUGUCCUUUUACUUCUAAAAAUAAUGUUGCUUGAUCCAUAAAAUGUAACUCUAAAAGAACAGUCCUGUGCUGUCAGUCUUUUGGGUGCAAGAGUUAUUUGCCAUAAUACUGAAAGCCCCAGAUAUAUGCACAUCUAUGUGCUCCAAAACAUUCUGGCUGACUUCUGAAAUCAUCUGAAGUGCUUGUGCAUCCCCGUUAAGUUGGUUACACAACUAUCUAGGUUAUAUUACAUUUUCCUACUUACUGUGUGACUUCUUGCUAGUUUUUAAGGACCCAUGUUUUGACAGAUGGUAGUUCUUCCCCAGUCUUGACAUUCUGGUGCUUAUUCAGGCAGAGGAGUCACAGCUGACAGAGAACGUUGCCCUCCCUCUAAACCAAAGUGCAAUUACUAUUUGUGCUGUGAUAUUCCAAGCCUAACAACUGCAAGCUCAGAAGUGAACCCUGUUCAGCUUGCAAGACCAACUUCUUCAGAAUACUUUUGAAUUCUAGUUUUUACUGCUGUGUUUUUUGGAGUGGAAUUUAUUGUGUCAGGUUUCUCUUAGCGCUCAGGCAGUGUUUGCUAUAAUAGUUUCAUAGCAUAAGAAGUCUUUAGGAUGCAAUCAUGUGCAUACGUUCCUGGGAGUAAGUUCCACUGAGCUAAAUGGGCCUGACUUCUGAUGAGACAUUUACAGGACUGAGUUGUUAACAUUGUGUGUGCAUAAUUAUAUAUAUAGUGAUAAUAAAUCGGCAGGGAACUGAGCGAGAGCGGGAUAUAGCUACUUUAUUCUCUCUACUUUUCUUUUAUGCACCUGAGUUACAUUACAUUGAAAUAAGAAUUAACUUAUUUGGUUUUAUUAAAAAAACUAUCACACAUGAAUGGGUUGUUUCUUUGAAUUUUUUUUAGAUGAAAUAAAUUAAAGCUUUUGCUUUAGAGCAUCUGGCGGCCUUAGAACCUAGUACAUGUAAUUACUACUGUUUAUUAGGAAAAAAAUUAUGUAACUGUAUGGUUGAUUUACUCUGAUGUGACUGGCUUAGCAACUUAAUUGGGCUAUACAACAAACCAGAGCAAACUAGAAAAAAAUUAAUUAGCAGAUUCAUUUGAGGAUGACUACAAGCCCUCUGUGUUAUGCUUCACUUCACUGAAGGUGUACAAUUGCAGGGUUCUGCUCUGCGAAUUCACACUGAAAUCACCAGAUUUGGGGAACCGCCAACACCAGAUGAAAUGGAAACCUAGGAAUAAACAGCUAAGUUUGCAAUACUAUACAUACUUACUUCAGACUUAAUGGAACUCAUUUCUGACCAUAUUUGUAUAGCAGUACAGGCGUACCUUGGAUCUAAAACGCCUUGGCUCCCGAACGAUUGAAACCCGGAAGUGAGUGUUCUGGUUUUCGAAUGAUUUUCAGAAGCCAAACGUCCGGCACGACUUCUGCGGCUUCUGAUUGGCUGCAGGACGCUUCUUGGUUUUCGAACGGUUCUGGGAGUCAAACAGACUCCUGGAACACAUUCUGUUCAAGAACCAAUGUACAACUGCACACUGUAAACCAUGUUAGAGUUAAAUGGAGAAAAAUAUAUUUAUCAGUGGAAUUAGUAAGUGAAUCAAAUAGGGUUAACAGUACCUUUACUUCCAUAGAAGAAAGAAGCUAUCUUUAAAAGAGGGCACUCAUAUCUCAAUUGUUGUUCCAUUAAUGGCUUGUUCAUCACAUUGUUUCAAACUCUGCCGCAAAGUAUCCACACCUUGAGUUGCAAUCGGAAUGGAGGGAGACAUGGCUUCCCAGGUGAGGUAGAGCUGCUAUUCUAGGUUCCUGGAAGGGAGAGUGGUGUGGUGGUUCAAAUACACAAGCAGGAGUGUUGGAUUGGCUCCACUGGUAUGUUUGCGCACACCCCUGACCUCACAUCUCCCUGCCAUUAAGCAACAGUGACAUACCUGCUGGAAAGCUAGCAUAGCAGCUCCACCACACCUAGUGACCUAUUUCAAAUCCACCUUUUUAAGUGAAUCAACCUAAUUCACACUUCCUGGAUUCAUAAACAGAUCAGGAUUUUUUUUGCACUUCUCUGAAUCUUAUGAAAUAGGUCUCAGCUCAAAACACACACACAUCAAAACACAUUUUGACAUGUGGGCAAAAGACAUAUUUUUAAAAUAAACAUUUUGCACUAAAAUAUGUAUUUAAGCAGGGACACAGGUGGCACUGUGGGUUAAACCAGAGCCUAGGACUUGCCGAUCAGAAGGUUGGCAGUUUGAAUCCCCGCAAGGGGGUGAGCUCCUGUUGCUCGGUCCCAGCUCCUGCCAACCUAGCAGUUCGAAAACAUGUCAAAGUGCAAGUAGAUAAAUAGGUACCACUCCGGCAGGAAGGUAAACGGCGUUUCCGUGCGCUGCUCUGCUUUGCCAAAAGCGGCUUAGUCAUGCUGGCCACAUGACCCGGAAGCUGUACAACGGCUCCCUCGGCCAACAAGGCGAGAUGAGCGCCGCAACCCCAGAGUCAGCCACGACUGGACCUAAUGGUCAGGGGCCCCUUUACCUUUACGUAUUUAAGUAAAUAUUUAAUAUUGGAUUCCCAUACAUUUUCUGGUGAGGGUAGAGAAUUGCAGAUUAAUGCAGGAAUAAAAUGGAGUGUACUUUUGGUUAUGGAGGUACACAUGGAUGGGAAAUAUCCUGAUCCGUCUAUUUGUAAACAUCCCAGAGUGCAUCGGGAUGAAGAACUUUGUAAAGCAAUGUUGAAUCUUGAUCUUUCUGUAGCUGGAACAUUGCGAAUAUUAUAAUAUUGGAGCUUUGACAAGCAUUGCUGACUUGCUGAUCCAAUCUACAGAGAAGCCAGUUCAUGGUGACUCUAGGACAAAACUAGGUGUCAUGUCAUUCCCGAAAUUCACAAUUUUAAUCAAAUAGCACGCAUGGGGUGUAGGUUAUCUGGAUUGGGACUGUGGCCUGAAAGGGGCUUUAAUCCUUUGCUGUCACUGCAGCUUUGAUCUGAAUUGAGUGCCUGUUUGUAUAACAGCUUUCUAAAAAAAAUAAAUCUCAGUUGUAUUUCUGUCAAGUUAACAGUGUUAUCAUCUUCACUUCCAAACUCUUUUCAGUUUUGUCAAAUUGUUUCUUAUUCGGUAUAUGUUUAUUGUGUGUUUUCUGUGAUUCUAGUCAUAGGACUCCAGUAUUGCAAGCGUUUACCUUCUGUAUCAUGUCCAGGGCAACAACUGCUUCCAUCAAACAGGUUUUUCUUCUCUAUAACCUCUGUUGGUUACCCCCCAUAGAUCGUGGGCCCUUGAGUUUGUAUUUCUGAACAAGAGUUCAGAAGCACUAAACUGGGCAUGAGGGGCGGAAUUCAGCUUGGUGCUAUUAUAGUUGUUCUGUCAAUGCAAGCGUUUUUGCUUUUCAGAUAGAAGGAUCUCCUAUUUCAUUCCCCUGUAUGCUGUUCUGGGGGUUCUCCUGACCCUCUGGAGUGGAUUUGGGGGAAGCACAGAGUCCUGCUUGUCCACCAGAUUAGCUGAAUCUAGCCCUUAAUAUGCAUAGUUUGAGGUUUUUAAAAUAAUGAACAGCAGGUAGAAAGGGGAAUCAACUCUUUCCUUUCUUGCUGCAGUCCUGGGAAAAAUCCAUUGUCUCAUACAGCAUUUGCAUUGGGAGGAAAUUCCCCACUGGAACCAGAGUAUCUUUGGGCAGAAUCAUAUUCAUCAAAAGUUAGCGAAGGAGCGUCUCCACCCCCAUCGUUCAGCUUGGACACUGAGGGUCCAGUACCGAGGGCCUUCUGGUGGUUCCCUCACUGCGAGCAGCAAAGUUACAGGGAACCAGGCAGAGGGCCUUCUCGGUAGUGGCACCUGCCCUGUGGAACACCCUCCUGUCAGAUGUCAAGGAAAUAAACAACUAUCUGACUUUUUGAAGACAUCUGACGGCAGCGCUGUUUAGAGAAGUUUAUAAUGACUGAUGUUUUAAUGUAUUUUUAAUAUUUUAUUUGAGGCCGCCCAUAGAUGCAUAUAAACACACUAGAUCAUACAUCUACAUAAAAAGCUGAGAAGAAACAUGGCAGCAGAGACAACAUUAAGUCUCUAUUUCAGUAUUAAUGUCACUUCUAGUUGACCCUGAGUGAUGUCAAUUUCUGAGACGUGGAGAUUACAGCAUAUACAGCAUAUUGUUUUACUGCAUAUUAUAUUGUGCCCCACCUCAGUAUUUUAUUUGAAGUGGCAAGUAUACAAAUACUUUUAUAAAUAAUAAAUAAAAGAAAUGUUGGAAAGUUUGAAGGGGAAAGAUAUCUUAACUAAUUUACAUGAGGCCAAAGUUCUGUGGUUGGAGCUUCCAAUAUAAUUUUGCUUUUUAAAGAAUUUUAUUGCUAAAAGAAAUACGUUGGACAAUAUAAAUACAGAAGCAAAAAGCGCAACAGCUAAAGCAGGCCCACGUUGCACCCAGUCAGGACAGUAUUUCAGUAUCCACUGGGAUGUCAUGAUGUCAUGGACACAGUACUCUGCAUGGUGUCAGCAUUGUCAGCCCGCCUGUCGUAUCUGACAUUGUCAUUGACAUGCCUGACCGAAAGGUUCCCUAGGUGCCACUUCUGCUACUUUUUGACUCUCUCACCCAUCUCACUUGGCACAUAGAGCAUUGGAGUGAAUGGGUUCUCAGCACAUUAGUCAUUUUUAGCAGUGUGUUAUGAGAUUGCCCCCCACCCAUUUUUAUUUUAUUUUUUUUACAAAGAAAAUGAAAUAACAUAUACCCUGUUUCAGUAAUGAUAUUCAUUGCAUUUUAAAACAACUGCCCAACUUAAAACAGGCUUAAUUAAAAUGUGUAUGGGAAAUGAAGUGCACUUUCUUCAUGUAUCCAUAGCACCAGAAAUGAAAUUCAGUCUCUGUUUCCUGUGUGUGUGUGUGUGUGUGUGUGUGUGUGUAAAAUAGUUUUACUGGGUUUUGUUUGGUUUUUUUGAACUGCCAAGUUUGAUGCAAGUGCACUGAUUGCUGGAUUUCUUUCCCACUACCGUUUGUGCUUUGCAAACCAAUUUGAUCUGCAUUGUAACAGAAUCCAGGGAACCUAGAAGUAGACUGGUACAACACCUUUGUCUUUUAGAGGUCUUCUGGGGCUUGUUAUUUUAAUCCUAGUGUAGACUGAUUUAUCACUUCAAGCAUCUGUCAGCUGCGCUUUGUCUAGAAAUUGAUAGUGAUAGUGUUGCUGAUUUUUCAGGAGCAGCUGUUAGAGGUUCAUUAGUUACACUCUCAAAGGGUGCAGAUAACUGUAAUAUUUUCCUUUGUUAAUUAUCUCUUAUGUGUUACAAUAAUAGAGGUUCUGGAAUUCACUCAGCUUCCCGUCUACCAGAGCUAUAAGGUAUACCUUUAGCUUUAAUUAAAUAGUUCUAAACUCUUAUUCCCUAGCUUAAAAGAUGAGAGGCAGACAAAAAAAGUAGGAAACAAAAAAGAACAUUUGCUGUAAGAACUUUGUGCCCGCUAUGGAAAGUAGUUUGUGACAAAUUUGUGGUAGUAAGAUCAUGUCUUAGCCAGGACAUUAAUUAUUAUACUGGAGUUGUCUCAAAUUAUUGGAAGUAUUCAGUGAAGAAGGAGCAGAGCAGAUAUCAGACAACCCCAUUUAUUUAUUUAUUCACACACUUGUUCUGUACACAUAUAAAACAAAGAUUGAAAUUAUUAUUAUUUUACAUGAGUGCACAGGAGAUGGGAGAUGUAAAUCUCCAGUGAAGAAGUGGUCUCCAACUAGAGUCACUGAUACUUUAAAUGCCUAUUCCAGCAGAACUCUGGCAAACCCUGUAGGCUCUGUGCAUAAAGGGCUCCCUCUGGACUUCAGUACUAUACUGUCAGCUGUCUCCCACAGGCCAAUCAGGACUCCCUAGGUCCUAUAAUACCUGAGCUUCCUUUGGCUAGGCAACAGCUUAAGGUUCACUGACUCCUCUGGUCAUGCCACACUUUGACCCUCAUUGUGUGCUUGCCCUGGAACCACCAGCCCAUCUUAGACCAUGUCAUCUACCUCUCUCUCCCUUUGGACCCAACUGGCCUUAGCCCUGGAUCCCGUGCCUCACAUGAGUGAAAUCUUCACCUCUUCUCUGCCUUUGCCCUAUAGCUCCAACCAAUUUCCUCCCAUCCUGGAACCAAGCCAGACAGGGAAUUUUUUUCAAACAAACAAACAAACACUGACACACAGCAAGGCAAAGAAUUUGACUUCCCCUGCACAUGCAAAAAAAUAUAUAAAAAUGGGACUGUCACAUAUUGUUUGGAUCUAAGAAAAAAUGUACUCUGUUACUGACUUUUCUUAUCAGUCAGUAUUGGAUGUGUAGGGGUUGGAGUUUCUUCUGGACCUUACCUUGAAAACACAAGAACAGACCACUGCUGGAUCAGAACAAGGGCCUAUCUCAUCCUGCGCUCUGUUCUUGCAGUUGCCAGCCAGAUUCCCAUGAAAAGCCUGCAAAGCAGAACCUGAGCACAAUAGCAUACUUCCUGUUUGCGAUUCCCAGCAACUGCCUUCAGUGGUGGAGGUGAAUCAGGAGGACCCUUGUCCUCCAUGAUUUUGUAUAGCUAUCUUUUAUAGCCACCCAAACUAGUCGCCCCUUGCUGCCUUUUGUGGAAGUUAAUUCUUUAAUUUAGUUAUGCACUGAGUGAAGAAGUUUUGGGAUUUUUAAAAAAAUCUGUCCUAAACUUAGACAUACAAAUGCAAAGCACCCAUCCCAGUAUUUUGAACAGGUAUUAAGCAGUAUUUUGAACAGGUGAGUUAUUACCUUUUUCUGCAAAGGAACUUGUCUCCCAAAUGAAGUAUAUCUGCAGAACUUUGUAGACAGCCAAGAGGAGAAGCUGCAUGCUACAAUUAGCAUCACACAGCCUUAUAUAAAUAUAUAUGUAAUAUAUUUCAAAUUAGUAUUAAAAUGACUUAUCCAAAAUGAACAGCAACAAUGCAGAAUCAAUCUUAAAUACUUAUUACAGGCUUUGUAGGCUUAUCAAAACAAUACAUUGCCUUGCUUAAAUCAAGUGUUCGUUUGUAAAAAUAUAUUGUGUCAUUACAACUGUGCUCUUCCCUAUUGACUUGCUGUGGAUCAGUUUAGUUUGCAAACUUCGGAGAAAGCAGAGAGGAACAAAAUCACAGCCAGCUGUGCAUACUGGAAGGAAAUGGACCAUGAAACCUGUUUUGCUCAUAGCAGAGGCAAAUCCAACUAACUCUAAAUAGCAUCUCCUUGACUCUGUUAGUACUAUUGCAAACUUCAUAUUUUGGGGUUGGAGUAUCUUGCCUGGCUCUCCCUCCUUUCCCCCAUUUGGUUUAAUGUCCAACUUGAAGAAGCCUUCUGGAAAACUAAAAUCCUGCUCACCAAUUAGUAAUAUUCUAUCCUAAUAAAUAUAUACCCUAUUGUAACCUUUGGAUUGUUUCUAAGGAGCCAACAACACCAACUAUAAUGUCUUAGGUUUGAGUUUCUUUAAGCAGAUGGAGCUGGUGGGAGCUGGUAGGAUAGAGGGGUGCUGAUACCUUAUUUGAAACUCAUAAAUGUUCUAUUUUAACUCUCUGUAGCAACACAUUGACCAAAGUGUUUAAGUUAUCAACAGGGUCCUUUUUGAUCAGUAAUGUUACCUGUUGUUUAGCCAGAUGGUCAGGAUUUAUGAACCUCUAAAAGUCUUGAAGGAAUAGUUGCAAGGACAGUUUGUUCAGACUUUUUGCUUUUUUAAAAAAAUGUAAAGGGUUUGUUGUGCAUAAAGGAAAACCAGGUGGCAUUUUCAUAAGAGGUCAGUUUAUUAAGAUCGCACUGACUUUUGUUACUGUGUCUCUCCCACUGCCUACCCCCCUGACUCUUCCUGAUAUAUUCACUUGGGGUGCAAAUGCUUGACUCUUAAAAGCACAUUUCCUAAAUCUCUUUCAAGACUGUCUCUGAGCACAGUGGAGCCUCCUGGGGACUGGAACAUCUGUGAACUUUUCUGCAGUUGGGAGUAUAUCAGCACUAUAGCUUGUUCAACCAGCAGAGCUAACCAACAGAUAAUUACAGUUUGAAAUUAGUAUUUUAAUGAACUGAUUUUAGCAAAGGUAAAAUGAAAUCUCCCAGGCAUUAAAAAAAAGUAUGCAGGAGGGGAGAAUCAUUAAACUCUAAAGUUCAGCAGAUGGGUGGUCAGCAGGUGCUUGUUGAAAAUGAGUGCUAACUGUGCUUGUUUCAAUCAGCAACCCACAAAAAACUAAUUUGGGUGCUGUCCAGAGAGGUGUUGGAGCAUCUGCAUGUGCAUUGUAAUUUCUUGGGGAAAUGGGAAUCAUUUAUACUUCUUGGGGAGCAAGUAUUUAAAUGGUAAAUUGAAAAUGUCCUCUAACAUGCAGUUAACUAAGGGUUGAUGCACAUCAAAAAUGAUGUUCCCAUUUUUGGGGAACACAGAUAUAACCAUCCUCGAUCACCAUUUUUACCUAUAGAGUAGAGCUGAGGAACCUCUGGCCCUCCAGAUAUUGCAGAACUACAGUUCCCAUAAUCCCUGACAAUUGGCUGUGUUGAUUAGGGCUGAUGGAAGCCGUAACAGCUGGAGGGCACAGGUUCUCCAACCCUGCUGUAGAAGAAUGAAGCAGAUGCCCCAGUAAUGUAAAGAUAGGAAGCAGCAGCUGGGGAGCCCCUUUCCUGAAUUGCAUUGCAUUUUUAUCGCAUCUGCCAUCCUAGGAGUUCAGGGCAACAUAUGAGAGCAUGGGUAGGCAAACUAAGGCCCGGGGGCCACAUCCGGCCCAAUUGCCUUCUCAAUCCAGCCCACGGACAGUCCAGGAAUCGGCAUGUUUUUGCAUGAGUAGAAUAUGUGCUUUUAUUUAAAAUGCAUCUCUGGGUUAUUUGUGGGGCCUGCCUGGUGUUUUUACAUGAGUAGAAUGUAUGCUUUUAUUUAAAACGCAUCUCUGGGUUAUUUGUGGGGCAUAGGAAUUCAUUCAUUCCCCCCCCCCCAAUAUAGUCCGGCCCCCCACAUGGUCUGAGGGACAGUGGACCGGUCCCCUGCUGAAAAAGUUUGCUGACCCCUGUAUAAGAGCAAGCUCUCCCCCAGUUUCCGUACACAUGACUCUACUAUGCAUUAGUAUAUUUGCCUGUAUUUAACUUAAAAGUGACUAAUCUUUGGCCAUUGCUGGACUAUUUAUUUAUUUCAUAAAAUUUAUAUACCCCUCGAUUGCAAACAAACAAACAAACCUCAAAGUGGUUCUACAGCUCACAUUAUUGCUGAUCAUUUGCCAUGCUGGCUAGGGCUGAUGGGAGUUAGCUACCCCUUGAUUUAAGUUUUUUUAUAAUAAAAAACAACAACACUCAAACAAAUUGAAAAUAGAUUCCCAAACUAAAACUUUCAAUUGUGCUUUUGCUCAUCAUGCAUACACAGGUAGCGUUAUGACACUAUUUAGCCAGGUGGUUGCAGUAUUAAGUAGCAGAAUCUAGAAUGUGGAGACAGCAAGCUGGUGGACGAUUGCUGCUGGGAAGACAUGUAAAGCAACUAAUCAGGGUCCAGCAUCCCUUCAGGAGCCUAGACAGUUUCAGACUACUGUACUGUACUUGAAUUUCCCUCCUAAGUGAGGCUCUUUGUGCCUCACAGUUAGUUGAUUCCAUGCAGUGGCAUUCCGCCUCCAUCUCAUGAUAAACACACACACACACAGCUUUAUUGCGGUGCAUAAACCCAAAAUACACAGUACAACAAUAGUAUAUAUCAACAGAUGUUAAGAUCAGAGGAGCUUUAACCUGUACAUACUGAUUUCUGAUAAUGAUAAACUGUCUGUUCCGAAAACAAGAUGGCAGCAGUUACUGCUGCUUUCUUACCCAACAUAUUACUCUAGCAUGAGUUGCUAGUUCAUCACUAUUUAGAAUGUGGAGGUGUGAACUUAAUAUUUCCCCUAUGUUUUCAGCUUUUUCCAUUUUAUCUGUUAGCCACCUUGAGUCUCAGUCUGGGGAGUAGGUGGGAUAUAAAUGAAUAAAUAUAAUAACAACAACAAAAUAAGAUUAUUCAAGCAGUGCUAGAUAACAGGGACAAAACUACAACUAAGUUAAAAUGGAUGCAGUUGAAUAUAAAGCAUGCUCAGGCAAGACCAAUUAGUUUCAAAGGUUCUACUCUUAAGUAUGAUUUAGUUGGAUAUCGCUCUUUGCAAGACAAAGAGUUUCCUUGCUGAAUGUGGCAAGUUUUUCCCCUCUUGUCGAUUGAACAAGUUUUGGGUGGUAUUUUCUAAAAAGUUUUUUAAAAAGAAAAAAGUUAAAGCUUUGGGCAAGCCAAGAAAAGUUUGCAAUUAUCUCCCUUCUUCCUUUGUCGAGUUUUGUUCCAGGCUUCUAUUAGUAUUUAUCAGCACUAGCAGCUUUUCAGAAAAUGAUAUAUUACACGGGAAAAUAUUAAUAUCUUCAAUUAGUAUUCUGAUAUAUAGUUCACUUCUGUCAUUCCUCAUCUACUUUCUGUCAUUUUCCUAUUAUGCUUCUCUGACAAUUCCCUAAAGAUUCAGAAGAGAUAUGGCUUUGGGGGAAGUUGCACCACUAAUCAUGGAUAGCCGUGUUUUGUGCAGCUGGAUCUGCUUUCCAGUUUUGUCAGCAGAGACGUUGGUGUGCUUGUACCUCUACAGGGAGGAUAUUUCUUUAUAAGAUUCAUUUACAAGCAGAAAAUUUAAUGGGCUGCAAGAUUUGAUCAUGAGAGGGGUUUUUUAAAAAAUAAAAUCAUUAUUUCCUGCUGAAGCAGCUUGUCAUUUUAGUUAACUACAGGAGACAGGACAGAAUUGUUAAAGCAAUCCAAUUAUAUAUGUUAUUGAACAAGGGAAUUCUGGCCACUUUUCAUUAACAUAGUAAAACUGUAAUAACAGAAGGUGCUUUACCAGUUGCUUGGGUGGGAAGCAGAAUUUGUACAUUCCUAAUGUGAUAGCGACUCAACCUGAUCUCCAGUCCCACCCCAGAACUGUUUGUGAAAGCCUGUUUUCCACUUAACCCUAUGAUAUACUACUGGGGAUUGGGACGGAGAGGGGAUCAGACAUUGUUCGGCCUUCAAUAGCUUUCUUUGAAAGCUGCGUCUUUGCUGAUUUGACUCAGUGGAUGGCUACGCAAAUGAUAUUUUAAAACUGCAAAUUUUUCACUCUUCAAUUAUUACUUCUAUGACAGGGCAGGGGGUGGGAUAGGUACAGUCACAUAUUGUGUGAUGGCUAUUUAAAAAGAUCCAAGUGUAAAGAUGAAAUCCACAGUUAACAUUGGACUACAAUGUGGAUACUUAAAAAACCCCAAACAAGUCUCCAAAUACAGUGUGGGAGGAACCAUUCUGCAGUGGAAGAUGGCGAUGGGGGGGGGGGAUUUGUUUUAGUUUGCAUUUAAUGGCAAACCUAUCUCAUUCACCCCUUCUGAAACAAUAUGCAAACCAAGGGCAGGAUCCAGCUAAUGAGUCCUUCUAGCAGAAGGGCAUAGUUUCACCAGGACUUAACUCUGUUCCUAUUCUGUAAAACAUAUGAACUGUUCUGCUGCAUAAGGUUGAAUACAGUGGUGCCUCGGUUUAAGAACGAUUCAGUUUACAAGCUCCACAAAACUGGAAACAGUGUCCUGCUUUGAGAACUUUACCUCGGUCUAGGAAUGGAAUCCAAAUGGUGGAAUGGCACUGGCUGUGGGAGGCCUCAUUAGGGAAAGCGCACCUCUGUUUAAGAACGGUUUUGGUUUAAGAAUGGGACUUCUGGAACAGAUGAAGUUCUUAAAUGGAGGUACCACUGUACUGCAGUUUCAAGACAGGGAUAAAGGAUUAGCACCACAAGAGUUCCACAUGAAGGGCAGUUUUGGAGCCACCACUCACAGCUCCUUGUGCAGCAGCCCAUUUCCUCCUUCCUCAUAGCAUCAAUGCAAAUGUAACAGGAGCAAAAUGCUUUAGCAACAGGGGGUGGGGGAAUUAGGGGGGUAUUAGAACUGUAGGUUAGUACCACAAGCGUAGGUACAAAAUACAUUCCAGAAAAUGAAUAUGGUAUGGAUUUUCAGUAUAGUGUAGCUAAUAAGUACAUGCUACUUAAAUCCUUAACGCCUUACAGCAAUCACAUAUGCUGCUACAAAACCUAUCACAGCCUUUGCCUUUAGGAAAAGCACAUUUAAUUAUCAGUAAGGUCCAGGCUCUGCUUAUUAUGUUGAAUUAUUAGUGUCUGUUAUAAUUUUCUUACAAUAAGAGAAUUGUAAUGGAAUAUAAUGUGAUCAGUUUAGGAUUGCAUUUUUUUUCGUGUAAAUAACGACAGUUGGAGACUUCAUUAUUCUUGCCAGCCUUGAGUGUAAGAUGCUGAAAACUUGUAUGAUAUUGCAUGACUCUAAUGUGCAUGCACUUGCAGAAUUAGUAAGCUUUGUCAAGUCAUGAAUUAUGUAAACGUUUACUUUGUUCUAGCAUUCAAGUUAGUUUGUAUUGUUAAAGCAAUAUAUGAGCAAAAAGAAAAGGAAAAGGAAAGAAGUCUAGACCAUGGAGUAGUUAACCAAUUUGAGGCGGCAUAAGAGAUUUUCCUUUUGUUGUGAUUUAAAUGGUUUCUUUACUUCUCUUUCUUAACAUUAAUGCCUGAGAUCCUAGUUAAACUAUUACCUGGGCCCUUCUGCAUGUGAAGGCAUGUGCCCUGCCACUAAGCAAUAGCAAUUUCCAGGGAAUAUAUUGUUACUCACCACCACAAUUUCCAUGAGUGGUGCGAGAUUCCAGGGGUGCACCAGGGUCUGUGGAGACCAUUAGCCAGAGCUCAGGGUGGGGACAUGUUCAAGCCCUGGAUUCUUCAUGUAGGAUUGGGGAAAACCUGUGUCAGAAACCCUGGAGAGCCACUGCCUUUCAUUGUAGACAAUACCAAGCUAGAUGAACAGGUGAUUGCCUUAGUACGUAUAAGGCAGAUGAAAACCUUGAACUAGGAUAUAUAUCCCCGAUAUCCACAUAACAGAGAAAGCAACGAAUGUUCUGUGAAAGCUUCUGCCCCAUAUCUUGGAUAACAUUAGGGUUAAUCUCUCCCUGCACCAAUAAUUUAGUAUUAAGAAAAUGCAAUAUUUGUUGUUGUUGUUACUCAUGAUUGUUGCACUGUUGUAUUUGUGCAACUGUUAUAAUUAUGUUUUAUGUAUGUAGCUGAACAUUUUAAAUGCUUUUUGUAAAGGCUUAGAUUUCACACACCAUUUGAGAAGAUGUUUGUACUUUACAUUGUGGGAUUUUGUUGACCCCAAUAACUUACGGGCAACUAUUUUGUUAUAUUGGAAAGGAGGAGGUCUAAGUAAAGACAUGUUUUGUUUUACAUGCAAAUGGUGUCAUGCUUACUAACUUCUACCAGGUAUUUUAUUUGUAUUGCUUUGUUGGGGUACAUUUGCUGGCAGGGGGUUAAGUAGAAGGAUAUAGACUUCAUAGGUCACAUUUGAUUUGUAUAAAAAGUAGAUUUUCUAAAAUACAGAAAUAAAUAUCUUAUAACGCUAAACCAUUAUCACAGAAUGAGUUUUCUGCCCAAGGUCCAGUAUGUAUCAGUUCUAUUUUAAGCAAAUACAAUCUUCUUUAAAAAAAGAGAAAUAAUUAAAGAUGAUUUUUCAAAGUGAUUUAUAUUAAGAGGAAGAUUAGCAAAGAACUGCAAUGCACUUUCCGCAUAAAACUGGUAUUUAAGAAUAAGAUUUUAAUCUUUUUAUAUUCAUGUGUGAAUAAUUCAAAAAGGUUAUUGCUCAUUAAGUACUUGCAACCUAGUUAUUAACUAAUUUUAUUUUACCAUUCUUUUAAGUACUUAGAAUGUAGUGUGUUGUUGUUGUUGUUUUAAAAAUACACAUUUCUCUGUGGCUCCUUACAGAUAAAAAGGGAGGGGAAUGACCAAAAUAAUCCAUUGCCCUACUGAAACUAUUUCUGUGAGAGAAAAGGAUGGGACCUGCUGGUAGUGAUUAUUUUGAGGAUCAGAGAGAUGGGCAGAAGCAUCUAGGAAGCCUCUCAUUAAUAGUAACUGAGGAUGGCAGGGCUACGGCACUGGAGAUUUUAGGAGGUUCAGAAUCUUGCCCGACAGAGGAGUCUCCACUCUCUCUUCAGAUGCAGUCAGGUGUGAUCACCACUCAUUCAGGCACAUCUAAAAGGGCAGAGCAUGUAUCUAGAACCUAGCAGAACUGAGCCCAGUUAACAAAAGAGUCACUCAAUAUUACCAAUAUUACAAUACAGAUAUAAGCUGUCUUGAGUGUUUUCACAGUAAAGUCAGGGCAAGAAUCUUUUAAUUUAAUAUCACAUGUUAGUUUUUAAUAUUUAUCAUCUUCUCUCUCUCUCUCUCUCUCUCUUGAAACAGAUCUUUUGUGAUGCUAAGCAGAUCAUCCAUGCCACAGACUUACUAAACUGGGAAGACAAAGAUCCUGCAGACACACUAGUUGAUAAUGUAGUCAAUUCGAGGAUCAUCAACCCUUUACGCCUCUUUGUUAAGCCAUCCCCAGCACUGAAACAUGGACAGAUGUCAUAUUCAGACAGCAUAGACAACUUUUGGGAUUGGUUAUCCAACAUCACUGAGGUUCAGGAAUCUCUUGCACGAACUAAACGCAGACCAAUUGUAAAAACUGGGAAAUUCAAGAAAAUGUUUGGGUGGGGUGACUUCCAUUCUAACAUCAAAACUGUGAAGCUGAAUCUUCUCAUAACAGGGAAAAUUGUUGACCAUGGCAAUGGAACCUUCAGUGUUUAUUUCCGGCACAAUUCCACAGGCCUUGGAAAUGUUUCUGUGAGCUUGGUGCCACCUUCCAAGGUGGUGGAGUUUGAAUCCUCACCACAGUCAACGCUAGAGACCAAGGAGUCCAAGUCUUUCAACUGUCGAAUUGAAUACGAGAAAACGGAUAGGGCUAAGAAAACUGCAUUGUGUAAUUUUGACCCUUCGAAGAUCUGCUACCAAGAGCAGACACAAAGCCAUGUGUCCUGGCUGUGUUCUAAACCAUUUAAAGUCAUCUGUAUUUACAUUGCUUUUUACAGCGUUGAUUACAAACUGGUGCAAAAAGUCUGUCCUGAUUACAACUACCACAGUGAAACACCGUAUUUGUCAUCUGGAUGAUAUAAUCCAUUCUCCCCCCACCCAUGACUGAUAAAUCAUUGUAUUGAUAAGCUGUCUAAAAUUCCACUUUAAGCUUCUUUUGGACAGGGAUUCCUAAUCAGGUUAUAGCAACAAAAAUCUCUCUCCCAAGAGAAAAUAAUCCUCUCUCGGUGGGCUGGUUCACCUGUGCAUGUUCUUCACUUGAUGGCUACAACAUCAAGUGGCAAUUUGCAUGUGUCAGUGAACACCCUCAAAGAUCAAACACCAUAAAUGGCACUUUCAUAGCACUUGGAAGUCUUUCAGUGAAAUCAAUUCAACAUUUCUGCUGCAAGUUCAACAUAAUUUCUAAGCAAGUGAUGUUCAUGAGUAUGUGAACUGGCCCUAAGUUUAAGCUGUUGCCAUAUAUAUUUAGGCAUUCAGAUACCAAAAUGUCAUUUCAAAAAAUGAAUAAUCAUUUGUUAUUGUGUCUGUUCCCAUCAGUUGUAGAGGAAACACCAGACACUGCCACUAUAUGGACAAGCAGAAACAACAGACCCCAUGCAAGCAAUGUACACAUUAUCUGUCUUCUCUAGGAGUUGCUGCAAUAGCAGAUUAAUAUUUAGAAUGGGGGGAACACACUUCAUUGGUGUUAGAGGAAAGUCAUAACACAACUGCCAAUAAGCACGUCAGGGUAAACAUUUAGGUUCAAGUAGAGAUGCCAUUAAGAUGAGCAUCUAUAGAAAUUUUGAGGGAUGUCAGACAUUUCCAAAAGAUUUGGAUGGGAGAACUAUUAUAGGGAGGGGCUUGCCCAAAACUAGAGUUCCUAUGAAUUUUGCCUAAAGCUUUGGCAAAUGUUCUGUAGGAAUUGAAUAUUUUAAAGAAUUUCUAUGAGAUUUGUAUAAACUGUCUUCAUGAAUGAAUCAUUCACAAGAGCUGUCACUGACUUGCCAUUGAGCUUGAAUACAGCAGAACUGAGCCCAGUUAAUGCAAGUGAGGGUGGGUCAGUUGCUCACCUCUGAAGCCAUGCUUAAAAGCCAUGUUUUAGAAUGACACCUUCCAUUUUCAUAGUUGUUAGUGACUGAGACCCACUAAUGAGCAAAAAAAAAAAAAAAGUGUGUUCUGGGUUUACUGCCCAGCUCUAGGUUGUGUCCUCCCUCUUCAGAUGUGUGGCUAGUAUCUCUUUGGUGCCAGAUUAAAAUUUAUCUUUUAGCCCAGGCAUUUUAAGGGUGUAGUGAGUUCACUGGUUUUAGUUCAGUCUGCCCUUGCUUUAUCUGCUCCUGUUACCUGUUGACGUAUUUUAUGGGUUUAUUUCAUUGUACUGUACUGCUUGUUUCGUUUUUGCUCAUUCUAAAUGUGAGACCCCCCCCCCACUCCAACAUGUGUAUAGACGAAGCUGUUUAAAAGUGCUUUUGACAAAUGAAUAAAAUCAGCCAAGUACAGGAAAUGGAGGGAGCUUGCCUCCCAUGUCAGUGGUCAGAACAUACAGAAGUAUAUCGAUAGAGCCACAUAAUACAAAAAAUAUUUAAAAUAUGGUUGCUGUGCUUAAGCAGGCGAACACAUACAGUCUGUCAUUAGCACAAUGCAAUCACACUCCUUCUAGGGCAGGGGUGGGGGGCCUCAGGGCAGGGCAAAUGUGACCCCUUUGGCCACUCUAUCUAGCCCUCAGGACUCUUCAGAGGCCACACACCCCUCCCCAGGCCACACUCAUCAUUCACUGUUCUGCCCUAUUGGAAUGUAUCCCUGAACUCAGAUAAUGCUUCCUGCUUACCUGGGUAAAGGAUAAAAAGGUGUGUGUAGAAAGUAGCCUACUGUACAAAGGUCAAAUGUACAUUUGCUGCUCCACCAACUUUUCUUAUGGCCCCACCCAAAAAUGGCAUGAAACCCUCAGUAUCAGACUACCGUCUGACCAGAAUAUGAUCUGGGGGCUGUAAGCAGAGAUGAGCCCUGCUGGUGUAUUGCCUAAUUUUCAUGAGUUUGGGAGACAGCAAUGCAUUCUUACUUCUUGUCUGGAAAGCAGGCAGGAGGGGAUAAGCAGAGAUAAGGACUGAGCAGGAGGGGCUGUCUCUGCUUUGUAAGAGAGAGUUACAGGAAAGUGGAAGGUUGUUGGGAAGACAAGGAGCUGCAAAAGCACAACAGAAGGAAAAUUCCAGGAGCAAUUCAUUGAUUUGUCAGAAGAAGCAAUAGAUAGUCCUCAACCCUGCCCUGGGAUGCACUGGGGCUCCAUGGUCAAAGAGCAAAGUGUGGUUCUGAGCCCUAUCUUGUGAUGUAAGAUAUGAUCACACAGAGGUUCUAGUCUAGUGGAGAAAACACCCCCCUCCCCCCCCGUGACUUUCAGUGAGAAACUCCAAUUCAGAUUAAAUAAUGGGCAGGCAGCACAUACACUGGAUCUCCCAGUCAUCUAUACAUCUGCUCAUACAUCUAAAUCAUAUUGUCCGUUCUCUUCUCCCUUGUAGUAAAAUCUCCACCCCAAAAUCCUUUUUAUUAAAGAGAACUUAUUAGAAGGUAGCAGCUUAGAAAUGUGGGUUUUAUUUGGCUGGUCAUAAACCUGAGCAGUUCUCUGCUACUGCCCCCCCCCCGGUUGAAAACUAGUUUCUUGCAUUAAGUUCCCUUUCAGUUGUUCCUUUCUACCAAGAUAAUGAACCACUAAAAUUCUAGUUCACAUUUGUGUUGUGUGUCCUAGAUUUAGCUGUAUAUAAGCUAGGUUUUGUUGCUGAGAUUUAUGAGUUCAAUUUCGGGUGCUUUUGUAAUUUAGUCGUAAGCCAUUAUUUUUUGAACAUGUAUUUUUACCCAAGUCUAGGCGGUUUAAAAUACAAGCUAAAAGUUAUUUAUUGUAGAGUAUGUGGAAAUUAUACAUGUAUAUAUACUUAGAAAUGUAUGUGUACAAGUACAGAACACAUGUGUACACAUCUUUCUAUGUAAAUAAAGAGAGUUUGUUAAAUC